GGCUGGGGGUGGGCCGUCACCAGGGACAGGGGCAUGAGGCCCCCUGGGCUCCAUGAGUGAAGAUCAGCCCUGCCUGGGAGAAAUGAGGUCCACUGAAAGCUUUUCAGCAGGAGAACAGCCCAGCCGCUUGAUUUUGGAAAGAUGCCCCUGGCUGCAAAGGGGAGAGAGAGGCUGGUGAGAGGUGGCAGGAAGCAAAGAGAUCAAGUGGGGAUGAUGGGGAGAGAUGCUGAGCCUUGAACUUGGGCUGGUUCCCAAGACUGGAGAAGACAAACACCAGCAAUUUAGAAGGGCCUGGCCAUCCCAGACAAUGCUGCUCACCCUGUGUGCCUGUCUCCUCUGGCUGUCGACCAGUGGGCUCUGGGCCAGCCAGGCUAAGGACCCUGACAGUGACUUGAGCACAAGGAGCCGUCACCGGAACUUGGCUCCAAACAACGUGGACUUUGCCUUUGCCCUGUAUAAGCACCUGGUGGCCUCAGCUCCUGGCAAGGACGUCUUCCUCUCCCCCGUGAGCAUCUCCACAGCCUUGGCUAUGCUGUCACUAGGUGCCAGUGGCUACACACGGGAGCAGCUUCUCCAAGGCCUUGGCUUCAACCUCACUGAGACGCCCGAAGCUGAGAUCCAUCAGGACUUCCAGCAUCUCCACUCUCUCCUCAGGGGGUCAAACGUCACCUCAGAAAUGACCAUGGGCAACGCCUUGUUCCUCGACCGCAGUCUGGAGCUUCUGGAGUCCUUCUCCACAGGCUCCAAGCACUACUACGGGUUGGAAGCCUUGGCUGCCGAUUUCCAGGACUGGGCAGGAGCCAGCAGACAAAUUAAUGAGUACAUCAAGAAUAAGACACAAGGGAAAAUUGGGGACUUGUUCUUGGAGCAAGAUAGCUCAGCCAUGUUCAUCCUGAUCAACUAUAUCUUCUUUAAAGGCACGUGGACACACUCCUUCCCCCCAGAAAGCACCAGGGAAGAGAACUUCUAUGUGAACGAGACGGCCACGGUCAAGGUGCCCAUGAUGUUUCAGUCGCGCGCCAUGAAGUACUUGAAUGACUCCUUGCUCCCCUGCCAGCUGGUGCAGCUGGAAUACACGGGCAACGAGACGGCCUUCUUCGUCCUCCCGGUCAAGGGGGAGAUGGACACGGUCAUUGCCGGGCUGAGCCGGGACACCAUUCAGAGGUGGUCGAAGUCCCUGAUCCCCAGCCAGGUGGACCUGUACGUCCCAAAGAUCUCCAUCUCCGGAGCCUAUGACCUCGGGUGCAUCCUGGGGGACAUGGGCAUUGCGGACUUGCUCAGCCACCCAACUCACUUCUCAGGCAUCACCCAGAAUGCCCUGCCGAAGAUGUCCAAGGUGGUCCACAAGGCAGUUCUGCAAUUUGACGAGAAGGGCAUGGAGGCAGCCGCCCCCACUGCGCAUGGACGCAGCCUGCACGCGGCGCCCAAGCCUGUCACCGUCCACUUCAACCGGCCCUUCAUCGUCAUGGUCUUCGACCACUUCACGUGGAGCAGCCUUUUCCUGGGCAAGAUUGUGAAUCUGACCUAAGAGGAGGCGCCUUAGGAACCACAGCUCAUCUGACUCUGGCGUCAGGGACCCCAAAGAAAUGUUCUGGGUGGUGGGUCGUUUCCCCCAGUCUCUCCCAGGUUCUCCUGCUGGAAUAAAUGUCAUUGCGGCUGAUGGCAAGUGUGGUGGAAGGGGAA